AUGCGUGGAGAUCCUUCCUCUGCGCUCCUGGAAGUCCUAGAUCCAGAGCAAAACAACAGCUUCCGGGACCACUACCUGGAUGUUCCUGUGGACCUGUCCAACAUCCUUUUCCUUAGCACGGCCAACGUCCUGGAGACCAUCCCAACGCCAUUGCUGGAUCGGAUGGAAGUCAUCAGAAUUGCUGGCUACGUGUUCGAAGAGAAGCUUGUGAUUGCCAACAAGUGCCCACCUAUGACUGUACAUGUCUACACACAGGUGAGGGGCUCUGAAAUACGUAGCAGAAAUCCAAGAGACAGUGCCAACUCAAGAGGCGGGCUGGAUUCAUGUGUCGCCACAUAUUGGGUGAUGUUCACGAAGUGA